AUGGAUCCCGUCUUCCCCGCCAACACGCCCAAAGGCCUCGCCUACACUCCUGCCUUUGUCCUCCAGCCAGGGACCCAUAUCAAACCCCUCGGCCUGAUAUCGCCCAAAAGAGACGGAACCGUCCGCACUUCAAUAGCUGAUCAAACGCGCGAUUGCUUGCUAAACCUCUCUGAUGCUCUGUCCAGCCAUGGACCCGACGCGAAAGCUGUCAAACUUGUCCGCUUCAUGACAGAUGUGCGUGAAAUAUGGUCCAGCCAGCCCGAGUUCGACAAGCAUUUUGGAUCUAAUCUCCCGACCAGCACGCUGAUUGAAGUUCCUGUUUGCUCUGUGCCUGGAUUCCGCAUUGAACUCGACGUUUGGGCCGCAGUGCCGAGCUCUCAGGAGGGUCGUUCGCGGUCCCCUGGUUUCCUGGGGUUCGCCAAUGCAGGUGCCGGCCUUGGUGCCGGGAAAGGCGCGGCUGCGGAGUUCAAUGCCGCCAUAGAUGCUGUUACCAAUCGCAUAUCCGCAGUCGCUGGUUCAGGCCAUGUUGUCAAGCUGGAAGUAUACCUGUCGGAUAUGCGACUGUGGCCUAUCUGCCAGGACGUUGUUGCGUCACGCUACCCUACUCGCCCCCCUGUUGUCGUACCCAUUUCUGCCCCGAAGGUUCUCGAAGAAGGCACAAGCAUCAACGUGGAGGCUACGUUUGCACUGUCGUCUGUGACUGAAGGCACUUCUGAUAUUGCUCGAGUGCCCCUCGAUGGCCGUAUAAUUGCAAUUUCCGGGCAGCCUGCGAUUCCUGUUUUUGUCGGCGGAAUGGCGCGGGAUACGUACAAGCACCCCCCCGCAGGCUCUGCAGCUGAGCAAACGAUAGUCUCGCUGAGGAACCUCGAACAUAUCUUGGCGGCGGCAGGAUCUGACUGGGACAAUGUCUUUAAGACAACGUGGUAUGUCAUGGAUCUUCGCGAGUGGCCGCAGAUCCAACAAGCUGCCUACGCUGUUCUCGGUCGACCUCCCCCGAGUCCAACCGUGCUUGAGGUCUCGAAGCUGGUGGCACCGGCAGUCCGUGUUGAACCUGAUAUAUGGGCAGUCGUUAAGGCUGAUAGCUAA